AUGUCGGAUAUUGUAUAUAGAACCAAGUUACUCACGGGUUCCACAUAUUUCGGCUUGAGUGAUGCGCUGGGCAUGCAGGACUUUGGCAUAUAUGUAUUUCCGGGUGGAACACGUUACAAUGGGAACUUUUGUAAUGGACGCUUCCAUGGCCACGGUGUUUUGCAGAUGGCUGAGCCGCAUCGUGUCACUUUUCGUGUGAUCCACGAUCAUGGCCAGUUAACCCAAAUACGGCAAAUUGCCUUCGAUGAUGAACUGGAGGUCGAUUUCAAUAUAACAAAACAAGACGAGGAUUUGGAGAAAAUGAGCUUUGCUAACUGGAGCUAUUGUACGUCUCGGGACAGACGUUUCCAACACGAGAUUCAAAAUACAAUAGAGCCUGUGGGUCCGUUGCAGUUUAAGGGCAAGGAGGGCCCCAUACUGCCCAAGUUGGCGGCAAACAUAUUCGAUUUGGGCUUUGGCCGUCUCAACAAAAAUGGCUUUUUGCUCGACAUACCGAACUAUUUGACUGAAACCAGACAAUGCUAUGUGGGCUGUCCCGCAGUACGCCAAUGGAUACGCGAGAACUGUCGUCAUGGCUCGUUGCCUGGCAAGCACAUAAAACAGAAGUUCAGGGCAAAGUGGUCGCGCCAGAUAAUACAAAACAAUCUGGAGGCGGAAGAGGAGGCACAACGCAAUAUGGAGGCACCAGAUGCACGUUGCAAGAAAAUAAUAGUGCAGCCCAAAACGAAGACUUUGUCUCGCAUAUGUCGUCGCAGGAAGAGUGAGAGCAGCAGCUUGUCCGCAAAGAGAAUGCGUCUGGCAUUGGGCAGCACCUCGGAUAGCUGUACUUCAUUACUAGAAAUAAAGCAGAAGCUCCAAUUUAAGCCCAAGCUGAGCAAACAUCGACUGGUCCCAAACUUGAUUCAUCAGGAGAGCAGUGUGUGCCGCAUAAAUUAA